AUGACCAUCUACGGGGAUGCUGCUCCGUCUUUGGCGGGCAGCACGAUCAUGUUAACUGUCUUGGCUUUGAUAACCUACGGUUUGCGAGUUUAUUGCAGAUUGACCCGCAAGUCAUGGGGAGUAGAGGACUGGAUUAUGACAAUAGCACUGGUACCAUUCGCCGUCCUCGUAGCAGGAUGUAUUGGAGGAGCUUUCAAUGGAAUUGGUAUUCGGGAUUCGACCUUUGCGGAGCCUGGUAAUGCAAAAUACGAGGCAGAGGGAAAGAAGUUCUUCUUGGUCUUCGAAGUCGGCUAUUGUUCGGCUAUCAUUCCGAUCAAGCUCAGCAUCAGCUGGAUGUUGAUCCGAGUGGCAGGUGGCCGGAAGAUAUAUCUUUACGUACAAUACGCCGUCAUCGUUACAUUCGUUAUGAUGAACAUUAUCGCUUUAAUCUUCAUUCUGACCAACUGCAUUCCCGUGGAAGCUGCCUGGAGCGCCAAAGCCCUCGCGAAUGGAGGUCACUGCAAGGCAGGCUACGUUCUUGCUGAUGUGUACUACGCGUGUACCGCUGUCAACAUCCUUACCGACUGGGUGACAGCUUUCCUGCCGGUACCUCUGCUCUGGAACGUGCAGAUCAAUCGCAACACUAAAAUCUCAAUCGUCGCUUUGAUGGGCCUCGGUGUCUUUGCAUCGAUGUCAGCCUGUGUCCGACUCAAGUACACUGUCGCCCUCACCAACCAGGAAGAUUAUCUCUACCAGGUCGCAAACGUGGUCAUCUGGGGAUUUGCAGAGAACGGCAUCGGCAUGAUCGUCGGAAAUGUGGCAACCCUCCGUCCGCUUCUCCGUAUCCUUCGCGAUCGCAAGAACUCUGAUUACAAAGACUACCACCAAUCCCCCGGAUUUAAGAGCUCGCACCGCAGUCAGGGAGUUAUCUUCUCCGGAAACUAUGAGCUUGCUGAUCACGAGAAAAAUCAAAUCACCAGCACCUCGGUCGCCGAUCACACAAGACGUGGCGGCAGCCUCAGCGAUGGAGACAGUCAGAAGGACAUUCUUGAGAACGGUCAACGACCUGGUCAAGCCGAUAUUCUCGUCAGUCGACAGGUCGUUGUGGCUUACGACUAG